AUGUACGGCGUCGAUACAGAUGAACUUCUCAAGGCAUUUACACACCCCAGAGUGAAAGUUGGCACAGAAUGGGUUAAUAAGGGUCAGAACGUGGAACAAGUCAACUGGGCAGUUGGUGCGAUGGGCAAAGCUAUAUACGCACGCGUUUUUAACUGGCUGGUUCAAAAGUGUAAUCAGACACUCGAUCAGAAAGGAAUUCGACGCGAUUUUUUCAUUGGUGUUUUGGACAUUGCCGGAUUCGAGAUUUUUGAUGUUAGUAAAAGUGAUCAUUAG